UCUCUCCACCGAGCUGUACUCAAGGGAUACACACUUUGUAUUAGAGCUUGUACAAAAUGCAGAUGAUAAUACCUAUCCCGAGAUUAGCUCUGGUACGGGAUUCCCGUCCCUUGUAUUUGUUCUCGAGCGAGAUAAGAUCGUGGUCCUGAACAACGAAGUUGGAUUCAUGGAGAACAAUAUCCGAGCGUUGUGUGAUGUAGGAAGAAGUACAAAAGGAGCUCAUCGCUAUGGAUACAUAGGUGUGUUGUGAAAUAUUUGAAAGAAAAUACAACUGAAAUAAAUGUUUGAUAAGUUUGUUUAUAUCCCUUGUACGGCCAAAGCUAGAAUACGCAAAAAAAAUACAUUAAUCAAUUACAAAAAAAAAAAAGGAAUACGCAAGUGCGGCUUGGGACCCUUUUUAAAGAAAGAUAUCAGUGCUCUGGAAAGGGUUCAACGCAAAGCAGCACGGUUCUGCUCACAGAAUUAUAGUAGAUAUGCGAGUGUUACGGACAUGAUUAAACACUUAUAGUCCGGUGGAUGAGUGAUGUGAAAGUAUUGUGCAUUUUAUGAUAGAAGCAUGAGAGUUAGCACACUAUCACUAAAAAUCAUGGGAAACAUUUUAAUAAUUACAGGAAACCUAGAUAUGACCUGUGUCGGGGGGGAGGGGACAGUUUUCAAAAUGGACGCCGGUAAUAUUGUUUGUACGACAACAUGGAUCAAAAUGAAUGGGUGCAAUGUCAAAUUGCCAUUGUCUGGAUUUAAACUUAUUGAACUUACACCAAAGCUAAGUGAAUAUGGCAUCAAAGUAUCAUGAAAGCUUCUUAGAGAAUUUGGGCGGUUGUUUCAAGGUUAAGAAUAUACAUGUAAAUUAUGAUUUCCUAACACUACUUUCUCUCGGAAAAUACCUCGAAUUUUUUCCUACAAGAAUUUAUUAACGUCCAAUGAUUAAAAGCGUAGAGGCUUACACAAAUUAUUAAUUAUCCAUGGCUCUGAUAUCCACCACAUUUGCACAACAAUGUGCAGGGCAAAUUUUCUUGUACAUAUUUGCAUCUUCGUCUGCAGCCUUUAACGCGGCCACACUUUACGACAGCAGUCCACACCGCACCAGCAGGCGGCAGGUUCGUCCUCUUCACUUUCCACUGGGCAGACGCAUUUUCCUGUUUCCAAACGAAUUCUUCAGGGCUUGGUAGCUGCGGUGGUUUAAGGAGAGCCUGGCCCCACACAUGACCAGCCUGCUGCUCGAACGGCGUGUUGACGUAGGGCACCCUUUGUUGGCGGAAUGUUCUCUAUUUCCCUACCUUUCUGUGUGAACAAAGUUUGCUUGGCCUUGUUUACACUGUCAUCAGGGAUUUCUUUGUCAUACAUCAGAAUGACAAAUCUCUCGAUGGUGGUGUUUGGGCAAGUGUACGUAGAGCGGGCGUAACAUCCUUGAACUGCUGUGCGCUUUCCUCUUCCUGCAAAACCUGACGUAGUGUCGCACUCGGUGAGUGCAUGAAAAGCAGGUAAUGCGUCGCACUUGUCAUUGCCCAACUUUCGCGCCAUAUGAGUCGAGGUACCGUUAUGUUUUUCCCUUUCCAAAUGACACAAUGAACUGUUCACAUGUCUGUUUAUUGGCGGUACUGAUAGCGAGUGCAACAACAUCUGUGUCAACCGUUCUUACCAGGAUUCUGUUGCAUCCUUGCUUGGCACCGUCGGCAGCAUGUUCGAGAAUCCGCUUCUUUAUACGUGCAAGAGGGCAGCUCCUGUUCGUUAAUUACCUCCGAGCAGCGUAGAUCUUUUCUUCGAGUCAUCACCACCACACCAGGAAAAGUCUCUGUUGUUACGUUUUCACUGAGAAGAUUGAACAGCUCUGUCUUGUUUUCAUCCUCUCGCAGAAACUGGUGCCAGUUUCCAGGCAGUUUGCUUCUUCCUUCUACUCUAAUACGCAUACCCGUCCCCUUCUUCAUCCUUGUUGCCGCCUUGAGACUCGCGUCCCUUUACUCGUCAAACACCACAUCGACUCGCUGAACAGAUUUCACGAACUGAAUCCGUAUGUAGGCCACAAAUUCAUUCACAUACUCAGCGAAUGAAUCGGACGUGACAGGUUUAAGCAUGUUGACUAUUGCUGGGCGAUCAAGAACUAUCAUGUCUACUUCAGGCAUUAAGCUGUUCGCUUCGGCGGUUUGCGUCAGCAGAUCUUCCAGACAUGGAAGUAGGUCGCACUUUGUUGCUAGUCUCAACUUUCCAUUGUCAGAUAUUGAAGGUGGCGACGACUGGUUUUCACGUUGGAAAAAGACCGAGAUCCGCAUCUCGCCCUUGACUCGCGAUGUAUAAAGUUGAAAACAAAUGCCGGUCCCGUGUCGUGGUCAGUAGCUGUUCCUGCGCACGGUUUUUGCCUUGUCAGGACGCCAUCUGAAUAAAGGCAAAUUAUUCCUUGGUAUCGUAUCAGUGACUGGAGUUGUGCGUGGUACUAUUCGGUAGUUAAAGAACUCGUUGCAUUGACGUUAGCAAGCUCUUUCAAAUUGCGGAAUCAAUGACUGCUGCAUUCAUUACCCUCCGUGAAUCGAGAACUAAGAGGUCACCGCUAGUAUCAGAGAAUGGGUUGCCCAUGUUGUCCAUGGUCUCAACCAAAACCUUCACAUUCUUGUGAAAAGAUGCUUGUGUUGCUAAAACAAACUAUAAAAAAUUUAUUGAAAUUAUAACAGUCUUAUUAUUUUAACUUACAAAUCGUUAACAAUCGUCAGUGGUACCAAAGACUGUGGGUAGUAAAAAGGCUUGAAAAAAACUAAGUAGACCAAAAAUAAGUUUAGUCACCUGGUUGGUCCUCGUGAUGAUGAAGCUGUGAUACUGUUUUCUUCUUGUCUAGAACACUACGAAAUUCGCCAAUAACCCUGGCCAUUUCUGGUCCAGACACCAUGGUCGCUGUGUCUUGUUAUCUGUGAAUUUCCCCUUGCAAAAUUCUGCAAAUAUUCCGGCAUGUGAGUAGUUGUAGUGGUCAAGGAAUGGAACAGCCACUGAAGUCUUGUCAAAGCCUCUGCCUACAAAAGGAAGUUGCAUUCAUGGAUUGAUCUGUCCCAGGCCAGUACGUCCAACUCGGUACUGAGGACAAGGUGCCAGAAAUGGAACUGUGCACUUUGAGUUGCUCUCUGUUCGCGCCAUUUAUCAAACGAUGGGGCGUUACAUUCCGGCUGACAUGCUUGCCACUCAACAUAUGAUGCCUGCCUAAGCUUGUACAGAGCGCAAGCUGUGAUCUGGUGAGCGCGAGCAGUUUUUUAAUUAAUGCACCGCCUUCAGGAAUGAAUUUGAGGUUCCUGCUGUGGCUUUUUCAGCUUGCAUUAGUCCUGACGUCCAGCCACUACCAUCCAAAAGAUCUCCAAGCGCUUUUAGCAGUGACAUCUUGAUGUGCAGACCACUAAGCAUUACAACACAAGACUCCUCUCCAUAUUCUUCUGGCCACAUCCAUUAGAUUUGUUUGGCAAUUUUGAACGGUGGCUGAUCACAAGCGAUGAAGAAUCAUUGCCACUGAUUUCGAGUCAUCUGGGAAGAGAGGAAGUAGAGCAGUGACUGCUGCAGGGCCAUGGACUGGGGUCGCAGCUUGUUCUCGUCUUUGUUCCAGGGGAAAUUUCAUCAUUUGCAAGCAUCUUCCGUUUAGAAGUACGUUAAAUUUCACUUUUGUUGAAUUUGAGACUGCAUGCUGUGUGGAAUUUUGCUCUCCUGCUAACUAAUGUUUGCUCCAGUCCAUCACCAUCGUCCAUGCGAGUGAGGAGUACAUCCUCCGGCAAACAAUCAAUGUCAUUGAACGAUUGUAGCGCUUCAGCGAUAGUUUUAUAUCCGGCUCCUUUAAAUCUAUCGGCACGGUUUGCUGGACACACGAGUUUCUUGCCGGUGUCUUUUUGGCGGAAGAGGCACUUACUCCAGUCCAAGGGCGUGUUGCUUCUAUUACUUGAAGAACCGGCAAUAUCACCGCCUGAUACGAUCCUAAAAGUCGGCUUUAUUUUGUGUCGCACCAAAUUAAAUAAGCCAUCGUAAUAUAUUGAACGGCUAGGAAGGUAGCAACGUGGUGCACAGUACAAAACAGUGGACCUAACUAGUACAAAACAUGCACGUGAAAGCACCUUUUGCAAUCAGCCUUGUAAAAAAGAAACAACAGCAAGUGCAAAAUUUUUCAAUGAAUUGUCGGCUAUUCCUGCUACCGGAUGUUUUAUCAUUUUGCUCUAUGUGCCUAAAAAACAUUAAAUAAGUUUAAAGACUUUUUGGCAAUUUCAAGGAAAACAAAAAGAAGGGAACAAAACACUAUAAUCAUGUAUAAUACAAUCAAUGUCAAUGAAUCUAAUAUGUAUGGUUCCACCUCAAAAUGACAAUAAUGUUCCCGAAACAUUUAAAUAUUUCAAUCCCAAUGAAAUUUUAAAGGCUUUGGACUUUUUUAAUAAAUGUACAACAUUAAAAAUGUUUAUUCAUCUUACUUGUAAGUAAUUUUGCAUCAUUCUGUCAUACUGAGGAUUCUCGCUGACGGCCAUUGUGAAAAUGCCCUUGCCCCCCCGGGCCAAGGUCACAUCCAGAUUGCCUAUAAUCUUUAAAAUGUUCCCCAUAAUUUAUAGUGUUAGUGUGCCAAGUUUCAUGCUUUUAUCAUAAAGUGCACGAUUAACCUGUAGGGACACGCUGGAAAGGAGAAGAAGACAGUAUAGGUUAACUCAUGUAUAGACUCAUGGUCAUAUUGAUAUAAAUAACCGAAAAAUAUUUAAUACAACACUCCGAGAGUCGCAAGAGGGGAAGCCAUCAAUUUAAAUUUUACGUGCCUUAUGCAAAUAAGGAUAGUUUUAAAUUUUCGUAUUUUCCGAGAACUGUAGCUGACUAGAACUGCCUCCCUGAGGCCAUUGGAUCAUUAAGUUCAUUAGAGUCUUUCAAAUCUAAUUUAUCAGCAUUUCUUAAUUAAUACUGAUGUAAUUAUCUUUAUUUAAUUUUAUAUCAUUAUUUUUUAUUAUUUUACGGUUGGUGUGAUGUCUUAGCGAUUUUUACCGACCUAUUUUAUGUAGAUGUAGAUAGAUCCAAAAAUGAACCAAAACUUAAGUUUAUCCUUAAAAUGAGUAGUUCUAAAUAAUAACGCCGCAGUUUGUUAAACGCUCAGCUCUUCUCGUGUCUCAAACUCGCGAUAAGAUGCCUCAUCUCGUUCAAUAAAGUACCGCAAUUUAACUAAACAAAAUCUCAAUGAUUUCGUCUAGGACAAAAAGGCAUCGGAUUUAAAUCAGUAUUUCGAGUCAGUGAUUGUCCAGAGAUCCAUUCCAAUGGUUUUCACAUUCGUUUUGACGCCAAGAGUGGUCCUAUUGGAUACAUACUUCCACAGUGGAUUGAACAGGGAUGCCAAGAAGAGCAGACAUGUGACAAUAGACUUGAACAUACACUGCACAGCAAUCUCCAUGAAGAUACUGACACUGUAACAGCUGAGUAUGCCAGGUACACUUUUCUUUUUUGUAGACACAAAUCGUAACAGUUCAAGCUACUACUCUGCUUAAGUCGCAUCUAUCAGUAACAAUAACCUUUGUCACAAGCAUAUAACCCCGAAGCGUCUAAAUUCUCCUUAUCUGUUUAGAACCAUGCUCAGGUUUUUUAGCCGACGCAGCCGUCCAAUCAGAAGUACGGAAAAUUAUUUUGCCCAAAUAUGGAAUCAGAGAAUUCAAGCUUUGAGCUUGCAACGCUUAUACAUGUAUGUCUACAACCGAAAGAAAUCGUUUCGUGGGAUAAAAGAUAAAGUAAUCAUGCUGCUAUAAAAUGCAACCCUGAGAAAACAUAAAGAGCCACAAAGUUAUAAGCAGUAUGGCUUGAAAACAUCGAGCAGCGACGAAAUAAGACAAGGAUGUUUACAUUUCUUCACGAUAUCGCAAAGCCUCUCGCCGAAAUCAGCAAAAUGCUUUUGCAGCCUCUUUGACCGACAAAGAUCAUCUUCAGGCUACUACCUUCAAACCUAUCUACCUCGGCAGACCAGUUAUCUGCAACUUCUGUUCUCAUUCAGCAAAACCAGUAUGAUGCAGAAACGUUGUACAAGGCGCCGACGUAGUCAGAACGGAAUCCUUUUUUUUUGUGAGUGUAGAUUUUUUAAUUCAUUUUGAACAGUACGAGAACACAUGUAUGGCAGUUUUGAUUAGACGUGUGACAUGUUAAAGUUUUUUUUUCUUUUUGGGGACCAAGAAAAGUCUUAAGCUGCGAAAUUUACCUUUGAGGACUUCGACCUUGUUUCUUUCACGGCGGAGCGCUUGUCCUUUUCUUAACUGCGACCAAGUCAGCAACCGUUUAACAGAAUUUUCAGGUAAACUUACAUUUUACACUUUAUGCUCAAGGAAAGUACGAUGAUGAAAGGAAAUUUAUGUAUUUAUAAAUGUUUCAUAGACUUUUUAUAUAUUUUUGAUAGAAUUUUCAAGAAAAACUGGAAAAUGCGCCCGAUCUGAGACAGAUAAUUUUAGUGUUAAUUUUUGCCACGUGCUCAGCCGAUUGUACUUGUGGAAACAGAUCCCGACGAUCCAGUCAGUGUUAUGUGAAUUGCUUUUAACGGUAAACUUAUGGGUUUUCGAAUAAAAAUUUUCAAGAGACAAUUUGUCUGUAUAUUGUUUUCUGUUUGUUCAUUCAUAACAUUAGUUGAAAACAUGAUCGCCACAUCUAAGUCUUUAUUUGUAAUAUUAACUUGCGUUUCAUCCUUCUUAUUCAGUGUCUUAUUACUUGCAUCACUUCUGUGAAGAUGGCAGGGAAUUUUAUGCAAUUUAUACUUUCCAGUUCAGCAACUACUGAAAAAUAUGUUACUACUUUAAAUAUCCUAGAUAGAUAGUAACUGAUUUUUUUAAAGGUUAUUUGCGCUAAUGGUCAGGCAAAAAUCGGUUUUGAAGUAACAACUUUAAGAAAUCGCUUUUUCUUUUAAUACGGUGCAUGCCAUUGGUAGUCGACUUUGUCUUGUUAGGAGGAACUAACUCAGUCUUGGUCAUUUGGGGAUUAAUAGUGUAUUCCGUUUUUUGUCAAAUAUUACCUCGUAAAACAGUAAAUGCUUUUUGCACCGCAUCAUUUACAUCGUGAUACCUGAGUUUUCCUACAGAGCACUCGCACGACAAUCUCGCUUAUUAGUAAUUCCAUAUCAGGAAGUACAUUUUGAUUGGUUCCCUAAAAAACCCGAGCAUUGCGACAAAGUUAUACGCUUCGGAGUUAUAUGAUUCUGCCUUUGUUUAACCUGGUCAAAUGUGCUGAGCUAAAUAGCUACUUUACAGACUUGCCACGAGAAAAAAAAAGAGAAAGUGAAAAACAGAAACAAAAGGAAGUAUGUAAUAAACCACUAGUUGGAUUUUACCAAAAAAAUAAUUAUAUUUACAAUUAAAAAUUAUUAAAACUAAGAGUAGAUCAUGCAAUUAUUUGCAUUAUGUUGUAAAACCUAAUCGAACAUCACACGGGUUAUUAUUCCCUUUUUUUGUUUUCUUUUUUCUCGGAAAUCAGAUGGUCUACUCGCAUUGUUCUGCGAUUGAAAGAGGAGCAUCAAGGGAUGGAAAAUACUUCAUUAGCUGCUCGGUUCCGCGAUGUUCAUCCAUCACUGUUACUUUUUCUCCAUCGCUUGAGAGCAAUUAGCAUACAAGACAAGGUAAUAACAGCAUUGGUAGUAGACUGUAAGCAGGGUGAUAACAUUAUUGGCAGUUAACCGUAAGCAAGGUAAUAACAAUGUUGGCGGUAUACCGCAAGCCGCCAGCCGUGAGUAAUAACAUAAUAACAAUGCAAACUUCAAAACGUAUUGACAUGCACUUUACAAGAAUCAUGAAGAGGAUUUCAACUUUUAACUUCCCUCUUUUUCCUUACAGGUAAACAACAUUUGCCGUGAUAUGAUUAGGAAAGAUUUAAGUGAUAACAUUAUGGAAAUAUCUCACAGUCGUGGUACAGACCGCUGGUUAGUUAUGAAGAAACAGCUGGAUGCAUCACAUGUAAGAAGCCCGCAAAUCUUGCUGGGUUAUUUGCUCCUUUAAUUCCUAAUUGUCUGUAUUGUGAUAUUUGUCCAAACGGUCCAUUCCUUUCGUGGUGCCAAUGAAAGAAUCCUUCAUUGCUAGUCGUUUAUGGCCUGUUUUAUUUUGUUUUCAGAUGAAAGAAGACGUUGAGAUGACGGAGCUGGCUCUGGCUUUUCCGCUUUUCGAUGAGCAAGAUUUAAGUUUAGGAAAAAGACACCAGGUAUAUUUGAUCUCAUUCUUGAUACUUAUCAUCCUGGACAGGACUGUUGGUGAUAGUGACUUCCUGACGUUUUUGCAAGCUAUGCAAAAAUCUUAGUUUCCAAGUAAAAAUUGCUAUCACCUAUUAGUAUUGUCGUUCUUUUGAAAGCAGUGGUCAGUUCUAUUUAAAAACUGCGCGAUCUUUUAAAAAGUAUAAGUUGGACAUCAACGUUAGCGUCUUGACGAGAAAGCACCUUUAUUUUCUCAAUAAACACCUUCUAGACAAGUGUUCUUUAGGCAGUCCACGUGUUUGUUAAGUAAAGCUUUAGCCAGUAAGAAUGUAAGGCUAUACCUGUCACAUCUGGUGUCAUUUUGCAGAAGUUGCCGCAGCAACAUGUUUUUGCUUAUCUUCCGCUCCGAAGCUAUGGAUUUCGGUUCAUCAUUCAAGGUGACUUUGAAGUGCCUUCAUCAAGAGAAGACGUUGACAAAGAUAAAUCAUGGAACCAGUGGCUAAGGGAAGAGAUCCCUCAACUUUUUGUCGAUACUUUAUCCAUUUUUAUGGUGAGUACGUACUUAUACUGUCUAACUCAUUUCCAUUUGAGUAAGGCCCAAAUUAUGAGGCGAAGGCAAAGGAAAGUGUGGAAUGUUGGAAGGGGUUAAUUAAGGCCAUCCGUUUAAUGUAACUUUACUUACAGUUGUCGCAAAGUCCUGGGACAAAUUUGCAUUCGUGGCGCUCUUUUCAAACUACACAUACGCGUCCCCUCACCCCCACGCCACAUACAAUGUUGAACCCGUGUCUUUUCCAGACUUCCAACAUUGUCUAGGGUAAGGGGUGGGACUGGAAAGCGUUUCAAAAUAAUAACACUACGUUAGGAAGGUAUUCUAAAACAUUCCGGAAUUACAGGUGAAAAUCAAAAUUGCAUGAUUGUCCCAGGGACUUUUGUCUAGGGUUCUCUAAGUUUUGGUUGAAGGAAAAAAUGCCUGCUUUUGUAAUUUUGUACGACUUCUUGGCAUGGUGGACACGCAGGUGUGAACAUGCGAGAUAAUAACGAACUGUAAAUCUAUUUUACCACCGUGUUAAGAUGGAAUAGCAAUUACUUUACAUCAUGUCCGCUUGGAUCACCAGCCAAAAAUGACAGCUUAAAGUGAAGAAAAAAAGUGCUUAGAGGAGUUGAUCAAGGAAAAGAAAUGGGAUCAGAGGGUAGAGACAUUCUUUGUUGCAAACUUCACGAUAUUUAUGUCACAUUUCAAGGAGCUGAGGUUGUUUUCUGUUUGGAAAAGGAAAUGCUGUAGUUUGAUGUGUAAAUCGAAGAAUUCUCAUGAAAUGAAAACUGUCUUAACUCUAGAAAGAGAAAAGACCCUCAGCAAGGCAGAGAAAUAUUCCAGGAGUUCUUUCAACAAAAGUGUCAAAAGGUGUGCCCUGCUGUGAAAACGGGAGCUAAACUACUAAUAAAACAAAUUUCGAGGAAUAGUGCAAGGGCAGCGCAGUCCUUGAAUUGAAAUAUCAGUCUUAUCAGUUAUCUGCGUGGAAGAAAUUAAAUACAAUCAGAAGCAUAUAACCCCGAAGUGUAUAACUUUGUCGCAAUGCUGGGGUUUUUAGGGAACCAAUCAAAACUUUCUAAUAUUGAAUUACUGAUAAGCGAGAUGUCGCGCGAAACUUGUAUCGGCGAUGUAUAAAAUGAUGCGGUGCAAGUAGCAUUUACUGUUUUACGAGGGAAUAUUUGACGAAAAAUUAAACGGAAUACAGUAUUAAUCCCCAAAUGACCAGGAAUGUGUUAGUUCCUGCUAACAAGACAAAGUCGACUACAAACGACAAGCGCCGUAAGAGAAGCGAUUUCUUAAAGUUGUUACUUCAAAAACGGUUUUUGCGUGACCAUUAGCGCAAAUAACCUUUAAAAAAUUACUUAUGUAUCAAGAAUAACUAGUAACACAUAAUUCAGUAAUUGCUGAACUCGAAAGUAAAAAUUCGCUGACAUCUUCGCAGAAGUGAUGCGUGUAAUAAGACUUCGAUGCUGUCUCACGAUCAUGUUUUCAACUAAUGCUAUGAAUGAACAAACAGAAAACAAUAAACAGACAAAUUGUUUCUUGAAAUUUUUUUUCGAAAACCCAUAAGUUUACCGUUAAAAGCAAUUCACGUAACACUGACUGGAUCGUGGAUCUGUUCCCACAAGUAAAAUCGGCGUGAGCACAUGGCAAAAAUUAAUCUUAGGUCGGGUGCAUUUCCCUAUUUAUCUUGAAUGCUCUACCAAAAAUAUAUAACACGACUCGUUACAUUGGCCAUCUUUGUCCAAUCGUAGGACAUAUUCCUCUCUUGUUGAAUGUUAUAAGAUCGUGUUUGGCUUAUCACACUUGGAUUUUGAGGAAUUCUUUCAAUUCGCAAAAGUCAAAUCCACUAGGGCAAAUCACUCGUAUAAGCUUUAUUGUAAAUUAUCUAGAAUCAACUGUUUUAAAUAUUCUUUUUUUUAACAAUGUAAUUAGUUAUUGGAACAAUUUACCUAGUAAUGUUGUUGAAGCCGGUUCCCUUGAACUUUUUAAAUGUAAACUCAAAUCCUUUUUAAAGUUGUAAUUUUUAUUGUUUGUUUGUUGUUUUUAGGAGAGUUUUAUUCAUAGGGUUAACCUCUAGACUCUCCCUUUCAAAUUCAUGUAGUUAUUAUGAGUUUGAAUAAACAUGUAUGUAUUUAUGAACAUUUAUAGAUACAUAAAUUUCCUUUCAAUUACGUACUUUCCUUGAGCAUAGUGUGUAAAAUGUAAGUUUACCUGAAAAUUCUUUAAAAAGGUUGGAAUGCUGACUUGGUCGCCGUUCAGAAAAGGACAAGCGCUCUGCCGUGAAAGAAACGAGGUCGAAGUUCUCGAAGGUGAAUUUCGCAGCUUAAAACUUUUCUUUGUCCCCAAAAUGAAAACAAACUUUCACAUGUCACACUUCUAAUCAAAACUGCCAUACAUGUGUUUGCAUACUGUUCUGGAGGAAUUAAAAAAUCUACACUCACAAAAGAUUCCGUUCCAACUUCGUCGGCGCCUUGCACAACGCUUCUGCAAAGCUUGCCAUAUCAUUUUGUUUGCAGUCGCCAUGCUGGUUUUGCUGAAUGAGAACAGAAGUUGCAGAUAACUGGAUUGUCGUGGUAGAUAGGUUUGUGGCCAGUAGCCUCAGGAUGAUCUUUGUCGGUCAAACAGGCUGCUGAUGCGUUUUGCUGAUUUCGGCGCGAGGCUUUGCGAUAUCGUGAAGAAAUGUAAACAUCCUUGCCUUACUUUGUCACUGGUCGAUGUUUUCAAGCCAUACCGCUUAUAAUAACUUUGUGGCCCUUUAUGUUUUCCCAGGGUUGGAUUUUAUAGCAGCAUAAUUACUUUAUCUUUUAUGCCACGAAACGAUUUCUUUCGGCCGUAGAAAUACAUGUACAGCGUUGCAAGCUCAAAGUUUUUAGCCUUGAAUUCUCUGAUGCCAUAUUUGGGCAAAAUAAUUUUCCGUGCUUCUGAUUGGACGGCUGCGUCGGCUAAAAAAACCCUAGCAUGGUUCUUUUUAAAAAACAUAAUGGGAAGUUCGACGCUUCGGGGAUAUAUGCUUCUGAUACAAUAUAUGACAUAAAAAUCGUAAACUAAAUCUUCCAUGAAGAAUGCCUGGGCCCUGUGCUCCGUUUCCUUUGCUUGAUAAACUCGUCUGAGCACAUUUUUUUUGUUAACGUGUUAAGUUUCUUGCCUAGUGACUGUCAGUUUUGGCCGGCAUGAUGUGCGCAGAUGAUAUUAUUUAUUACCUAUUCCAUAUUCAAGAUGGCGAAGGUGUCCAGUGCCUAGUCUCCGCGCGGUAUGUAAGAGGUGUAUUCAAGGAAAAGUCGCACGUUUAAGUAACCAUGGUACUGUUCGAAACAUCUGCGGAACGAAGACCCGCUGUUGUGUCCUUUCUUGUGAUGUCUUGUUUAGGGAUGGGCCUGUUUUGGGCCCACAGUAGAAUGCUCCCAUAAUAUCUGGCAAGCCAAAACACAGUGCAGCAAUACCAGACAUAAGAAACUCAUCCCAGCGAUGAUAAAGGAAUCGUUUCCAUUUUUCUGUUUCAGGAACACUCAUCCUUCUCAGGACUGUCAUCCGCGGCUGCAUACUUCCAAUUUGUCCCUUUUGAAGAAGAAAUCUUAGGGUUCUUUACUCCUGUCGCUAAACAGAUAUUAACUCUUCUUCAAGGCAAGCCUUGUAUUCCUGCGACACUGGCCAGUCCAGAAGACGAACAACCACACAAUGUACAGAAUGGCUACGAGUGGGUCCUUCCUUGUGAGGCGAUUUUUUGUGAUGACCCCAUCGUACAACAAGUUAUCAGAGCCUCUGUGCUCAAGGAACAUUUGGGAUUACGAUACCUUCAUCCAGGUAUAUCAGCAGCCCUUAAUCCAACCCUAAGAUCACGACUUGGAAUUGAGACGUUAUCAAGCAAGCACUUGAUUGAAAUCGGCAAGGAGGAGGUGAAAAAACUUUCCCCCGUCAGCGACUUGACUAAAACCGACGGUGGAGGUAGUAAAACCGAUGUUGGGAAGAUAGCUUGGUUGGCUCAGUGGUUACAGUGUAUGUACAGAAGUCUUGAUCAGGAGCGAAACAGCAGUCAAGACAUGUUGGAUAUGAUUAGUUCUCUCAGUGUUAUCCCCUUAACAGAUGGAACUUUCGUUGAUCUUAAGGGAGAUUGUGUUUUUCUGCCGUUGACAAUGAAGCUCGCUGAGGAAGCAGCCUCUAAGGAAAAGAAAAGUUCUAGUAAGUAGAUAAAACGUGUCAUUUGUCUUUGUUGAGUAUUAUUCAGUUUCCCUAGGUCUAUUGCUGCCCAACCUAUUUCCUGUCGACGUUAUGAUUUUCACACACGUGUUUGAGUUAGUUGCAGUCAGUGUCUUGUUCGCUCUUACCUGCUAACCAAGUGAUUUACACAGCAGGCAGACUUCCUGGGUUUUAAAACUAAGAGCAGUGUUUAAUUUUUUAGUGGACGGGAAAUGUAUAGGUGGAGUGUGGGGCUUUAUAAUCCUUACUGACCUAAGACUUACUGUGGAGAUAAUACUUUCUUGUUCGUUGAUACUCAUGAAGAACAAUUUAAUUUUACAUUGCACAGAAUAUAAGGUUUACCUAUUCCAUUACUUUCGUUUUAGGUGCAAAAUCUAAUGAGCAGACUUGCUUUAGUAUUCUUGAGAGAGAUCUGCCCAUUGUGCAUCCAGCUUUGUUUUCUUCACUUGAUGAUAUUGGUCGCAGUCAGGUGAAACAAUUGUUGCGCCGCCUGGGUGUCAAGAGUUUGAGUGUAAGAGACCUCAUCAACAGUCACAUACUACCGACUUUUAAGUCUGACAAGUGGAAGGUACGUGAUCCCAUGUUAUUCAUACUGUAUUUCGCUCCACUACCCUGCGCCCAUAGGUUUUUGUCAUGCAUGGCUUUUAGCCGUUACGAGGUCAUUCGCGUGGCUUGUCUGUCGCGUAGUUGGUUUGUUUUCUCCCCGUGAAAAAGCGGCUGCAGGAUACGCUCCACUAGAGGCCGUUAUAGAAUUGCAUGAUGUACGCCGAUGACUCCCAAGUUUAUAUAACAGUAAAUCCAGACGAUAGGCAGACCAUCAUUGCCUAAUCUCAUACCGCGCGGGGGCCUGGCACUACCGGAUUUUCCCGGACUUUUUAAAAAGUCCAGUUUCAAAAUGGCGGAUAGUCGGAGUAAAAACUCGAACGAAAGCAUUUUUUUUUUCGAAGAAAUAUUGAUCAACAUUCCCUCGGAGAAUCUGUGUAAACUAAUGAAAGGAUGCAGUAUUUCUGCCAUGCCCUGAAGCUAAACUGAAGGAGCCGACACUACGCAAGUGCACGAGCAGUUGUUCGAUGAACAGGUCGCUCGAACCAAACUUCUACAGCAAAGGAUCCUGUGUUUAAUUCUACCCGCAUAUGAAAAGUAGAGGAUCAUUGGAGGAAAGAACACAGAUGUGAUUGUGCACGUACCGAUCGUAGACUAAGUAUGCUGGAGCAAAACUUAAAAGGGCAGUACAGAAGGCUUACCUGGAUCAUUCCCGUCGCGGAAAAGAGUAAUGUCCGUGAAAGAUACUGAGUGUAGUGAACUUUGUGGCGUUAUAUAUGUUAAACCUAGUGUUGUUCACAUGAAGGGAGAUAAGGCACUAGUCUAUACUCAGUGCGUGCUAGCCAAAAGGUAGAUGUACGCGACAUUCUUGAUUGUGAUUACAAGGUGAUUGCCCACUGAAUUACAGGAACUGCGGUGUUACCGGACGGGAAGUGCCUCUCAAGUAAGACUGAAGUAUACUUGCUUUUAUCCAUGUUCAGCGAGAAUUGUUUCCGGUCUGAUCUUUAGGAUUUCUACUGAGACCGUCCACACAAUGUUGCUCUUUCACUCGGGUCACUCUGGCUUGUUUCGCUAUUUGGUAGUUUUUAUUUUACGGUUUGUAAAAACAGGUACACCCACUCCCUUAUCCGAGUUCCCCAAUAUUCGGUCGGAUCCAGCACCGUAAAAAGAGCUAAACUCGACGGUUCUUUGUUCAAAUUUUUUGUCGAACAAUUCUGGAAUCCUUCCAAUACUUCCAAGUAGCGAAAGUCUCCGAUUAGAUCUGUAUUUUCUCGAAAUUUUUAAUCGAGGUUCUUUAUAGCAGUAAAACAACUGUUCUUAGCUUUAGAAUAUUAACUUUCUGGAGUAAUCUGGCUCUUAAUAUCGUUUCAACUAUACGCAAUGACCUUUGCUUUACCUUCUAUUUUGGAAGCCAUUUUCAAUCCAGAAUUUAAAAAGUCCGGGAAAAUCCGGUAGUGCCAGGCUCCCGCGCGGAAUGAAAUUAGGCAAUUACUAAUCUCGAACAAUGCUAGGGUGAUGUUCAAGCAUUUUUUGCAGAUAAUAUGCUUAGUUUCAAUCCUAAGAAAACUGUAGUAGUUCAUUUUCAUUCACGGUUCUCCCGUCCAGUUCUUAUUCUAAAAUGAAAUCAGCAUUAUGUACCUAUCAGUAAGAAAGCUCGUAGUCUAGGAGUCAUUUUUGAUAGGCUCCUCACUAUGUCAAGCCACGCCAACAGUAUUUGCAGCUUAGCAUCUCUUGCACUGCGAAUUGUAGGCAGGGUUAGGAAAUACUUAUAUCAAACGAGAACUGAGCGCCUUAUACACUCAUUCAUCUCAUCCAGACUAGACUAUUGUAAUAGCUUAUUAUACGGUUUACCAGCAAAGGAGAACAAAGACCAGAGAACGUAUCACCCCUGUCCUACAGUCUUUACAUUGGCUACCAGUGGAGCAGAGGAUAAUUUUCAAACUUCUUCUUUGCACUUAUGCACCUAUCAGUGUAAAGCCGGCGGGGGGGGGGGGGGUUAGGCAGGGCAUGGGGUGGGGAUUUGACACUUUUCAAAAAUGUGCAGUCAAAUUUCCUGCCCACGGGCAUAUCAUUCCAGUCAAAUGCAACCAAAUUUCCCCAACCCGGGCUGCACAUUGCUGUCAAAUAUCCCAAGGCAGAACCCAAAAAGUUUUAACCAUAAUCCGUGUUACACUGCGUAGAAUACAGAAACCUUUACGAAAAAUUCCACAUUUUGUAAGUUUAAUUAUACCGUUCUUAGUAAAGGGUACAAAGAAAGUCAGUUUUAUAAGCUUACAGUGAUUGUAGCGAAUGAGCCAUACAUUGAUCAAUUGUACUUGCAAAAAUCGACUUGGUUUCUCAGGCUUCACUUCCGUUUACUUUGAUACCACAGUAUCUUAAGAGGUUCAAUUGAUCAAAAACACGCUAAAACAAACGAAAUUUGAAGACAAAACAGUGAAUUCCACUCAGCUUUCGCUUGUUCUCGUUGGCUUCCAUGAUUUCCAGAUCUUUCCAGAGCAUACGGCGCAUGCGUGAGGCGUGGAAGUAGGAAACAGUCAGCAUUAGAUCCCAUCGGCCGUAUCCCCUUUCUCCCCUUAUGAAAUUUACACAGAGUUGUUAUAGAGUUGUUAGAGUUGUUAUGUAGUUUAAAAAAAGGGUUUCUUUUGGGGGAGGGAAUUUGGCAUCUAAAUAGUCCUAUUAGAGAGUGUACUACUUAAAUGUUUCUGAGUUGCUCAAGGGAUGAAUUCACAAAAAAACUCUUCACCAUGUUGGUGUCCAUCCGGAUGAAAAUCAAAAUGGUGUCUCCUUACGAAGCAUCACGUGAGACUUGCGCAAGCACAGCGUUUUGACCUUGAUCUCGCUCCCACUUCCUAACUUCCCUAUCCUAUCUCGAUUAUCAAUCCCGCUCUGUAAUGCUAUAACAGGAAAUCCGCCAAGGUCGUCAUCCAAUGUUUUGAACUUUGAUCCUUUGCAGACGAAGUCGAAGGAAGUCUUGAGAAGUUAUCUUGUUUACAUCCUUGAGCAGCGUCUGAGUGAUCCCUCAGUGUGUGACAUCAGUGAACUGAGAUCAUGUGUACAGAUUUUGACCAACAAGGGCGCUGUUAACCCAACCAAUAAUUCCAUUUACUUUACAAAAAAGUUUGGAAACACCAUUGAUCUUGCUCGUCAGCUGCCCAGUAAGAAACGUUUUUUUCUAUUUCCUUUUUUGAUCAGUCCGAUUUCUUUAAUCUUUUUUCUUUCUCAACUUGUUUACCAGUUUAUGGCAUGGCAUGAUUCUUCUUCAGUUUUUGUUGCUGCAUCGCCAGCUACCUAUUGCCUUUGAAUCCACUGGAAAACUUAAGGGACAUUAUGAACUUUACUUUACAGUUAGCUGAAUUCCAUUUUUCCUUAAACGUGGAAAACGGUGGUAAAGAAAUUUUCACAUUUUUUGUAAAAGUGAAUCAUUGUUCUUUUGAAAGCCGCACGUGUCGCUUUGUAGCCUUGGUUAGAAAUGUUUAAUUACGGUUAAUUUACAUCUCCCUAAUUCGCUACAUGCAUUGCAUUCUUUCUUAAAGGUAUUUCGUGGACUCUUAUCGACGAAUCAUACUUGGACUCAUGUGCAGGAUCUAAAACUCGUACAACCGACUGGAAAGCUUUCCUUUCUGAGCUUGGAGUUCAACAUUGUCUUGCCAUUAAAAGGAAGCAAAUGAAACUUCAUAGAAACAACAUGGUGAGAUUCCUGUUACACCCCGCCGGUUAAAACUAAGGAGAGACAUUAAUUGGAUAUCUUUUGUCUCGUCUUUUGACCACGAAAAAGGAAAAGUAUACUUAACAAUUAGUCCACGAGUGCGCGUUGGGUAUGAGAUGGUAGAUAGCCAUCACGCGCGAGUGGAAUAACUGUUUUAUUGAAAACGACCACAAAAUCUCGAUAAAUCUCCCCGACUUUAUUUUGUUAGAACAAACCGGCAAAAACAAGGGACAAAAAUUUUGAAGUGCAGCCGUCGAAAUUAUAGUAAAUUUGGAUUUUUGGUGCAGUUACAAAAGGAAAACUAUUCCCUCGGUCGCCAUUCAGAAACUCAUGCAAAGCUUCUUUAUAUGAAGUUGUUUGAAUCCGCCAGCUGGUUUUACUGAACGAGACAAGAAGCUAUACUGACGCCUGGAUUGCUGUAGUGAAAGGUUGCACAGCCUGUAUUUGUAGCUACAACCAGUUGCAAAAGUAUUGAAACACUGUACCGUAUUUUGGCAUAAAUGGCCUGUCCAUGAUCUUGUGCUUGUGAUCCCCCCUCCACCCCUUAUCAAAUUUGCUAGCAAUACAAGACCAUACUCAAAACUUGGAGGAACAACUUUGAAUGGGAGGGAGGAGGGAGGUCAGUAUUAUAUUUAACAGACCUGUGACCAGGAGCGAUUUGAAGCAAGAAAGGUCGUUUUUCCGUGAGAGUGUCUCAGCAUUUUUGCGACUGGUUGUCUGAGUCCUUCAUACCCCUAUAGCCGUGGUGUACGAUUAUUAAACGGGAUAAAACGUGGACUACUCUUAGCACCUAAGGAGGUGGUUAUAAAAAAACAUUUUUUUAGGUUUGCCUGUUUCAAAGUGGCGAGACAAAAACGGCAAUUGUUGGCCCUUUUGUUUAUGUGGUAAUAUGCAAGAAAUUGGGCAUUUAAAGGAAGCACUUGGCAAAAGAUGCCACACCAUCUUAACUAAGCUGCAACGAAAGGGGUUUUUGGUCCUAAAACGCUACAGAGAUGCGAAAAAUAAUAUAUUUUCUUCGAACUCGGUUAAAAGAUGUUUAUUUACGGAAAGAAAGUGACGUAAGAUGCCCCGCUAGAUCAAGGAGAUAGCUUUUCAUUGUUGUUUCUGAUAAGUACGUGGACGUGGUUCCUCUUUUAUCUCCUGCCAUUUACAGGAAACAAAACUUACGCGAAAAAGCAGCUGUUGUCGACUUUACUUUACUUAACACAAGUUUGGAUUUGUGUUUACUCUUUGGUCGUCUUACAACUUUGUUUCGAUUUUGAAUCCCGAGUGUGGCUAGGCAUCAGAUAAUGAAAAUUCGCGCGCGUAUUCCAGUAACAAAGUCGCGAGAGCUCGCAGAUAUAACGUGGCUUUGUAGUUCUGUGCUUGGUAAGGAAGUUUAUUUCUUUGCGAAAAGGAAGACACUAUCCCCAAGAAAAGCAAUUUUCCAGCACAGCAAUGUCAGGAAUUUACGUGCUUCAACGGUCUACACGGUCUAAACGGUCUACCAUCAUAUGAGAUAAAUAUAAUAAUAUAUUCUAUUUCUUACUGUUGCAGAGUGGUAGACCGUGGUGAUGGUAGACCGUCAGAAAAUAGAAAUUAACAUAGCACACAACUUUUUCUACUCUCUAGCUCUAACGGACUUUAAUAACCAUCUUAUUUUCACUGUAGUAGAUGAAAAAAAACUGAAAGGUUUUACUUUAACAGCGAUGUUGAAAAAUAAGUCAAGCGCUUUUUUAGGCAGUUUGCUAUCAAUGACAAUGAUGUAUCGGCUGGGAAAAGCAACACAAAGUGUCAUUCUAUUUAUUUAUGUCGCUAUAGUCUUCGUUUUGGGAAUUUAAGACGUGCAAAUCGCUUGUUGAAGUAAACCUUAAAUGAGACAACCAGUUGCAAAAGUACUUGAAACACUGUACCGUAUUUUGGCAUAAAUGGCCUGUCCAUGAUCUUGUGCUUGAUCCCCCCUCCACCCCUUAUCAAAGUUCCUAGCAAUACAAGACCAUACUCAAAACUUGGAAGAACAACUUUGAAUGGGAGGGAGGAGGGAGGUCAGUUUUAUAUUUUACAGACCUGUGACCAGGAGCGAUUUGAAGCAUAAAAGGUCGUUUUUCCGUGAGAGUGUCUCAACAUUUUUGCAACUGGUUGUAGUUGCUUGCGAUUUUAUAUUAUUUAUGUCGGAUGAACAGGCUGCAGUUAUCUAUCGGCGAGUGGCUUCGCGAUCAUGAAGAAACAGCACUUGUCUUAAUUCUUUUGUAACUGGUCGAGGUAUUUUAGUUUCAUGUGUUUUUCGCUAAACUUUCAAACAAACUCUUGUCGCUUUUUUGUUUGUUUUGUUUGCUUAUUUUUUCGCGAUGAAAUUACAUUUUCCAGCAUUCUAAGAAUUGAAACGAUUUUCUUCUGGCGCCAUUCUAUCCUCCGCCUAAAAAAAUCUCAGUUAGCUUUCAAUUUUGAACUGACGCGUACACUGACCAUAUAUGGAGAGCAUGGUGUAAUGGCUUUUAGUAAAAUCCAACUACUGGUCCAUUAUGAAUGCUGCGUUCUAAUUGGUCGAGCUACUACUGGGCUAUAUGUUAUAGCUCAUUAGUAGCGAAAAGCGCCGGCUUUUUGGCGGCAAAAAAGGAUUUAAGUCUAGCUUUUAGCAGCUAAAUUUUUUUAUUCUCGAUAUUCUUGAGAAUAAAAAAAUUUGAGAAUAUUUUGAGUCAAUAGCCCAUGAGGCCGAAGGCCGAAUGGGCUAUUGACUCAGAGCCCAUUCGGGCUCGAGGAAUAAUUGUUAAAUAUACCAUGAUGGCUAAGCCAAUCAAAACGCUAGAAUUGCAUUAUCCAAUGAUUCAGCUUUUAAUAAUUAACAAUUAUUCUUUGAAAUCGUGGUAAAUGUUCCCAAAGCCACUAUUCACCGAGAUUGAAAAGAAUAAUUGUUUUAGUAUACUCACGAAGUGAUCUCAACAAAAUCAGAGAGGAAACCAUUAAAAAGUACGAUUUGAUUGACAGAUCAAAUCACGCGUAAGUUUAAGAAUAGACCUUUGCAGAAUUUUCAAACAUGGCAAUUCACAAGUUUAUCAUUUCGCAAACAACAGCGUAAAAGUUUGAACUGUUUCCUUACCUGAGAAGAAAAGUAGAGCUUUGUUGUUUUCUGUUGACUCGCCAAGUUUAUAACCAAAAGGGUUUGUUGUGUCGUUCUUCGCAUGAAGUGCUGACAAAAAUGGCGGCUCGGUUGCUCGAGGUAAGACGUCGUCUUCCUGUAUCAUUCUUUUUCCUGUUUACUUGAAAUGUAGAAUUUCUGCAAACAGUUCCUUUUAAAUUUGCUUGUCAUAAAUAAACUUCGAUUUUUGAGCCAAAAUUUUGUUGUUAGAAAACGCUGAGUUCACGGAACUGCUUCUUCUACGCGAAUACACGGGAGUUGCAAACAAUCGAUUGAGCACAAACGUCAGGUACAGUAAAUUGAAAAACGCCGUAUUGAAUCCUUCCAAGUCUUUUCUUGCCUUAAAAAAAAGUCAGCCCUAGGAUUCUGUCGACUUUUAAAAGAUCGUUCUCUAAAAAAAUGGGAAAAACAACGAGCUCACACAUUAUCUACUCGCUAGGAGGUGAAUAUUGUUGAAUAGUCCGAGAUAGCGAACCAAUCAGAUUGCUUAAAUCACCAAGUGAGUGUGUAUAUACUAAAUAUUAUUUUCCCAUACCAUAGAGGAUACAGCCACAAAAAUACACCUAAAAGCUCGUGUCUAUUAAGGUGUUUCGAUACAGUUUUUCGGGAUCAUUAUACGUUUCUGGGAAACUGCCCAUCUACCCCUCCCUUAAGCCACUUUCGGGAUCAUAGCGAUAUUUUUCAAUCGCCUUGAAAGGUGACUCGACCCAGUUAUUUUGUCAGGGUACCAUCCUACUUUGAAGCUCUCUGGUAUCCCCACCUUUACUUUGAUCGUAAGUCUAACAUAUAGCAUGAAUAACAUAUAGAUCAAUCUACAACAUAACUUAGUAAGAGAAAAUAGAAGGGAUUCCCAUCACGUAACGUCUCUAGCCAGCUGAGUGUACAUCAUGCCGAGAAUUGAAAACUCUAAAAAGAAAAUGGCCGGGGUGUUGAAUGCUAUUCGGGCGAGAGAGGACGUUCACGGAGAAGAGAUUGUGUAGCAUUUCUUGAUUAUUUUGCAAAGGCACAAGAAGCACGAGAAUUGAUUAAAAAUCGUGAGUUAAACCUCUAUGUAUCACGCGAUCGCCUAUCCCACCGUAUCAAAAUUAUCGGAAGUCAGCCAAGCGCGGUCAUUGCACGUGUGCUGAACGAGAAUGCAGUAUCAUGACAGACUAGAAACAAGAGAAAACUCGCAAAGCACAAGCUGAGCCAAAACGCUGAAAAUCUUCAAUGUUUACUCAAGUUUGGGCUUAUAAAAGAUAAUGUCACAGUUUUUCAAUGACCAUGAAAUUCAGCAUCCAGCAUUCAGCAUUAGUUAAUCAAUUGUACCCCUGAAAAAAUUUGAAGGAAACAAAACCACGAAUUUUUAACAAAAUGCUUUUCUCGUGAGAAGACUUCUUAAACGCUGACAAACGUCAACAAAUUGCUAAGACUAUAAUUUCUAUAUGUUUGCAUUGCUCGAAAUCGCGCGCAUUUACAAAACCCUUAAGCUUCUUGCUGACUUGCAAGGACCCAUCUGUUAAUAAAGAUUCCAAAAAUAAAGGGAUAAAUCUCAUAGUUUAUGAGAUAUAAUCGUUUAAAGUUUGCUUAUCAUUUUCACAUAAAUUAGGACCUAACUUUGGAAACGGCUGAAUUUCCCGCAUUGGGUCUUUGCGAUUUUGGUGAAACUCUGUUCAGCACAAGGCACUAAUGCGGACUAUAUGUAGCCGGAAGAUUUUCACGAAAAAAUGCCGGCAACAGCAGAAUUUCGACUCAGACCCCAAAGAGGCGUGACACAACAACCACGCAACAUUUACUCCGAUCGCCAAAAAUUUUAUGCUAUAUUGUAGGUUGAUCUAUAUGUUAUCCAUGCUUUAUGUGAGACUCACGAUCAAAGUAAAGGUGGGGAUACAAGAGAACUUCAAAGUAGGAUGGUACCCUCACGAAAUAACUGGGUCGAGUCACCUUAAAAAUGAUUUUAUCCUUGUCCGAUCGCUAUGAAAUUUUCACCACUGGCUGACUUUGGAUUGAAGUUUGUCCAAAUGUAGUUUUAAGUAAAAUCGAUAUCACUAUGGCAACAAUAAACAAAAAAAAUUGAAAUCGACAACAGCCGAAUUUUGCGCGACUGCAACUGAAAAUCGGACACCAGGAACUUAAAGUGUGGUGUUUAGCAAAUAACCUCCGUUAGAAGUAUGUUUGAAUUCAAAUAAAACGUAAUUAUACUUAAAACUGCGUUUUGACAAACCUCAAUCCAAUGUCAGUCAGUGGUGAAAAUUUCAUAGCUAUCGGACAAGGAUAAAAUCACUUUUAAGGCAAUUUAAAAAGAUCGGUAUGAUCCCCGAAAAACUGUAUCGAAGCACCUUAAUACUUUAAAAAGUCAAGUCACUCAAGGAAUAUUUCGAGGUACGCCACCCGAAAGCAUUGCAUGACUAGUAUGGAUUGGGUUAAUUUAAUCGUGGAACACUUUAAUAUCUUUGAAACAUAGAGACUAAGGAUUAUUAUCAUUUAACUUCACUCAGUACAGUACAAAUAACGCUAAAAGGAGUACAAAUAUCUCACGGUAUUUGUACUCCAGAAGACCGGUUUGACCGGUUUUAAUCUACAAACGUCGCAAAUGGCAGAAAAUGCAUCGUUUUCCGAAGAAAAUAACGGAAUAGGGGCCAAAUUGUAAGGUUAAAUAAACCGAGUUUCUAGAGUAAAGUCGCCUGAGCAGCAAUGAAAAUGUCGACAAUCAUUAAAAAUAGAUAGAACAUACAAACUUAAUGCGAAAGAUACAACAGAGAAGAUGAGAACAGACCUGAAGUUGUGUGAUAGAGAUGAUGAAGGCGAAAAUCCGUGAAAUAAACAACGGCCAUUAAAUACAAUCCCGCCAAGGAACUGAACAGUCUUUACUUCUAGUUCUUUUAAAAUGUGAGGAAACUCGAUAUGGUAGACUUAAGACGUUCUCUUUUUGUUAGUAUAACCCGGCGAGGAUGAGGUUUCAAGUAUUUUGGUUACUAGUAGUUCUUUGAAACCCCUUGAAUAUGUAGGAGAGUUUUUGUCUUUCCAUCACAAUGUGCUCUGCUCAGUUUUCCUACUUGCAGUCCGUUUUACAAAACCGAUCAUCAUCAUAAGCAUCAGGAUUAUUUGUCAUCCCAUCUCUGUUUUUGUAGCAAAUCUUUGAAAGAUAAAACCUCGAAGCGCCGUCGAAAACUUGAAAAAGACAAGUUUUCAUUUCUGACCAAUCGACAACAGCGUUGAUGAAAGCGUGCGAAAACUCGACUCACGUUAGUCUGUCACCAUUCUCGUCAUGAGUAGAGUUCUGAGAUCUAUUUUAUACUCCUCGGGUUGAAUAAUAAAUCCCUUAUUAGACUGUUUAGUGUGUAGUAUCGUGGAAUAUUUUUACUCGUCUCUUGUAUUUUGACUCGCCCUACGGGCUCGCCAAAAUACAGCACGACGAUACAACGAUACUACACACUAAACCGUCGAACGAGAUAUAUUUACUUGAUUUCUUAUAAAAAAUGUGUUUUUGGAAACCACUUUCAGGGCUAUCUAGAAUCGACUCACUUCAGUGAUAAUUAGUCAGUAAUUUUGCAAACGCUUGACUACGGUUUUUAUUAUAGAGUGGGAGUCAAGGAAAUCAAAUAUCACUUCACAAUUUUUGGUAGGAGAUUAUUCUCACCCUUUUCCACCUUUUAGGCGCAGACUCCCUGGGCGUCCUACGAAGCAGUUUGGCAAACAACUCCAGACGGUUGUUACGUCGUUGAGGACUGCGCGUGCGAAGAAUUUGAAGAAUUUCUGAGCAAGAUUGCUGAGCCGACUGCUGACCGUCAAAGCAUCUGUUGUCAAUCCAAUAUUCUGGCGCAGUGGAUCGACGAACGCUGGGAUAGCGAGUAUUCACAGUACGCAGAUGCCUUGGUGCGCGUCAAAGAUAGCAAUGAUCAUGUUCUUGGAGAAACUCGUUCAUCCUUCUAUUUAAAUCUUGUUUUGAAGCAAUGGAUGUCAGCCAGCGAUGGGCAAACAAUUCACAUACCGAGAGACCUUUUCAUCUGGAAUGAAGCGGUUGGCAGGCUACUAGAGGAUCACGUGAAGUAUACAGCGGCUCAUUUAAAAAACAGUAGAUUUGUUAAGACCUUGCAAAUUCAUGAAUCAAUUACCCUGGAUGGUAUGAUAAGCGAGAUGAAGAAGUGGUCUACUGCUUCAAGCGGAACUAACAAAGAAGCCCCAACAAAAGAGUUUACUACAUCACUGGCACACAUGAGAGAAGUCUACUCUUUCUUGUACGACAAAAUGGUGCAAAACGAGGAACAAAGAAAGAAAGUGUGCGAUGCAUUUCUUAAAAAUGCAUUGGUGUUUGUCCCGUUUCGGUCGGCUUUAACUUCAUGCAUUAAACCCCAACCAAAGCAUCAGUUAUCUGGCUUGUUUCACGUACUGAAAGAUGUGUACUGGCGAGACCCGACUGAGGUAGCUUUAAAGCUACUCAGGGACCACGGCAAAGUAACAACAAGGCAUGUACUGGAGGGAGUUUACCACAGUUUGUCGAAGGCUUCUUCGCAGCAAAGUCUUGCAACUUUCUUCGUCGAUCAACUCAAGGUGGACGAAACACCCAAUGUGGAUGAGUACCUUGAGAUGGCAUCAGCUGUUGCUGAACUUGCUGGUUUUCCUACUCCGUCGUCAGUGAAUGACAUGUUGAAAGUAUUUGCCAUUUUAGGUAGGAAAUGUAUUGCACGCGACCACAAAGAUAGCAUACGUAUAGAAAACACAGUCGACGUAAAUAUGGCGUCGUUUAUCAGACAGUCCUUGGAUGCUAGUUUUAAGUGCAUUUUUCCUUCUUCUGGGAAAUGGGUUUCACUUUCCGAUAAGCCUCUUCUACGGGACAAUAAGUCUCUGUUCAAAAUUUUUCAGAAGGAAAAAGGCGUUCACUUCAUCGACCUCGACGAUUUAUUUCAAGAUCUAAAGAAUCGUUCAACCAGCGAAAAUCGUAAGUUUGUAAACGAAAAAGAGGAAAUGAAGCACAAUGUUUCGCUGUUUUUGAAAGCUUGUGACAUACAACGGUUAAGUGAAUGCGUAAAAAGAGAUUUUACCCCCACAUUAGUAAAGUUCCAAUGUGUGCCACUACAGAAGUACUUUCAUCAGAUGAUACCAGCGGUGCAACGGUUUCUGUAUUUCAAAAAACGACCAGUGUAUGAAGAACUGAAAAAUGAGAAAUUUGCAGAAAAACUGCAACAAAUGCAGUUUGCUUCGGUGAAAAAAUUGGAAACAGUUUAUUCACUUAGUACGCACCCCGAUAUUCAUAUUGUAAUUGAAGAGAAGUCUGGCGUCGAACCUGUGGGUUCCAGCUUCUGUUUUUAUGUAGCAGAAGAGCACCAGGAAAAUUAUGAUGUCUUGAAUGGUGAAAUGGUGAAACUGCUACGAGUGAAGAGGCAGGACUCCUCGGACCUUAGCAACUUCCUGGUCGCUGUGAAGAAUUACAGUGGUGGCGACUUUCAGUUCUUUUUAGAAGAAGUCCAAGGCUUAGAACCUUUACCUGAUGAAGAAGAACCUUGGUGUGUACCCCCUCCUGAAGUACCGGAAGAAGUCGUUCAUGAAGCGUCAAAAGACGUGGUUCCGAGUCCUAAAGCCAAUAUUUCAUUGCCAAACCGAGUUGGUGAUGAUGGUCUUCAUUCCUGGCCUCCAAAGUCCUCCGCACAAUUUGACAAGACCUUAAAGCGUGAAGCAAAAUUGAGUAGCGACAAUACUCUUAAGAUGUGGCCACCCCCAGCGCCUCCUGAUUCUGUGAAGAAAUCUUUGGAGGAGAAAGUCCAAAUCCAAGGACGACCAACUCAGCGUUUAGUUGAGACGGAAGGGCCAAACGAUCCAAAAGAUACGAAAGAACCAGAUGACAGGACGGAGGUCAUGCCUCGGCGAAACAGUAAGACUCUAAUCGUGGAAACAGCAAACAGGGAAGAGAAGUAUCAAACUUCCUCACCGAAUGAUCCAAAUCCUGUGAAAGUUGAUGAUGUUACUUUGGAAAGAGUUGCAGACGAUUCGCUUUGUGAUGAAGAAACGGAAAGUGUGCAGGAUGUGUUACAACCUUUGGGAGCACAAUCUCCACCAAAGCCUGAACGGAUCUGUACCCUGCCAGUCCCCACAUGUGAUGUAAGGCGAACAUCACCCCCUCGCGCUUAUCUCAGUUUUAACGAAGAGGCAUCAGAAAUAGACUACGAUGAUCUCUCCUUUAAUGAUGGUGACCUUAAAAUCUUGAAUGGUAUACAGCUUGGUGAGAACCCAAACAGCGAAGAAGUCGGUCGAUGGGGAGAACGAUGUGUCUAUGAGUUUCUUAUCAACCAAGUCAAAGUCCAUCCUACAGGUGAAAAUGUGGAUAUUAUUUGGUUGAACGAGGAAGCUAACACUACUGCGCCGUACGAUUUUGAGAUUAGACGACCUAAUACUGGAGUAAACCAAGAGGCCCAAUCCAAGACCGUUAUCACCUAUAUCGAGGUCAAGACGACGUCCUCUGAUCAGAAGGAAGUUUUUGAAAUUUCUGUUCCAGAGUUGCUAUUUGCGUUGGAGAAAAAAGAAGCGCUUCAUUUGUAUCGCGUUUUUAACGCUGGAAAACGAGGAUGCCUGCGAAUCCGUCGCCUAAAAAAUCUUGCCUCUCAGCUGGAAAAGAAAAAUGUUAAGCUGUUCAUGGCAAUCUGA